AUGACAAAGAAAAUGGCUCAGAAGUUACCCAAAUUCCUUCAAUUUAUGGAAAAACAUUGCCAGGAAAGACACUAUUCCUUCUGUGUCAAAAAAUGCAGUGACAAGGAUUGCAAAUUCCACUCUGUACCACGUCUUGAACCAGACGUAUUCAGCAAGAUUCAUUUCUUGCCUGACCCAGUUCUGGACACAGUGAAUACAAGAGAAGGCACUCAUUAUCUACCAUUUCAGGAGGUGUAUGGGACAAUCACCACAGACAAAGACCAACCAUCGUUAAAACCUGUGAAGACUGAUGGUGGGCAUGAUAUGCCUUUCAAUCCUUCUGCUCAAACAACAGCCAGAGUGUGUAGAACUGUUGUGUGUCAAGAAUGCAACAAGCCGAGGUUGCUGCAUGCCGCCAAAAAACUAAAAGAGAAGGAACUCUUUGAACUUGACAAGUGCAUUGAAGACAUUGAUUUCUCUUGUGGAUCAUGUUUGAAAGAUUUCAAAGAAACACAAGAUGGUGUUCUUUCACGAGUGUUUGUGAGGAAAGAUCUUCAGUGCUCACUUCCAGUUGAGAUUCCCUACUACAGUUCUGUACUGUAUCCCCAAAUAUGCUGCCACUGUGCCUGCAGUGAUAUUAUUGUGGGGGAGGCAGCAGUGGAUGUGUAUCCCAUUUGUGUUGAAUGUAUCAAGAUUCAUCCCAAGAUAAUGAAACGGAAAAGGAAGAUGUUUGAGCCAAAAGUCAAAUCAAAGUAAAGUUGGUAUUUAUGGUUGUGAACUCAAUGAAAGUUUGAACUUACCUUUGAGGAUAGUGAAUUUCAUUACAAAGUAUUUGAUAUUGUUUAACAUUCAUUUUGCCGCUGUUCAUUUAUGUUAUGACCAAAGAAUUUGGUUUAAAACGUUUGGUUAUUGCUCUUGUCACAUUGGAUACAAAUGAAUGUGAUGUUGGGUUUUUAAAAUUAUUGUUCUAGUCACAGGAUAUUGUUAACGUUUGAUCAUAAUAACUGUUCUAGUCAUACUCUGAAAAGGUUUAUGAAGGAGGCAAGUUAUAUAAAUACUCAUGUAAACCCUUUUUUCAGUAAACUUUAUUUUGAA